ACGGUUUCACACGAUUACACACGUGUGUGUAUAUAUAUACACACACUUAUAUAUACAUAUUGGAUUAUAUAUAUCUCUCUAUGAGAAGAAUUAGGGUUGGUAAAUAAGAUAUGAUGGAGGAUGAAAGAGUGUGUUGUAUGUGUGGCGACGUGGGCUUCCCUGACAAGAUCUUCCGAUGUAUCAAGUGUCAACACCGCUUUCAACACUCGUAUUGUAGCAACGAUUAUAGUGAAUCAUCAGAGCCAACGGAGGUCUGUGAAUGGUGUCGAACAGCCGAAACCGAAACCGAAACCAAAACCAAAACCAAAACCAAAACCGAAACCUCAAAACAACGUGGUUCGUCCAAGAAACCAACCUCAAAACUGGACACCGGAGUUAGCAACGGGUCAGAAUAUUCCGGUGACAAGAUCAAGCAACAUGGCCGUGAUGAGAGUAAUUCGGAAAAAGGAAAGUCACCCACCGGUGCUCCUUCACCGAGGACUGCAACUCGAAGGUACAAGCUUCUCAAGGAUGUCAUGUGUUAAAAGAAACACACAAACAAAUAAAUAUCAAUAAUUUGAAAAAAAGCAAAUGGGAUGUGAGAGCAAUAGUUUACUUGAGUAUGCAAAACUGUUGUUUGUUUGACCAGGGCUUUUGUUUUUGUGUUACAUAUAAUUGUAUGAUUCUACAUAACUUCUUAUAUGUCUUAAUAUUGUUUGGAGUCA